UUUAUAUAUGUAUCUUCCCUCGGCUCAUGCAACAGCCAAUAGUAGUAGAAGUUGAAUGAUGGGGCGGCCAUCGACGAGCGCGGAGCAGGGAGGGCGGUGCCGGCGUCACCCGAGACACCGGCAGGCCACCGGCGUCUGCCCCUAUUGCCUCCGGGAGUGCCUCUCCCGCCUGCCUCACCACCACCACUACUCCUCCACCGCCGCCUACCUCCGAUCCUCGUCCGUCUCCUCCUCGCUUUGCUCCUCGGACGACGACGACGACGCAGAGGUCUCUUCCUCGGAGGACUCCUCGCCCAUUCACAGCCAUAGCCCGGAGAGUACUGCCAGGGUUUCCUUUCCUUUCCGACGAGAGAUUUGUGUGGUGGCGAGCGGGCUGACAAGGAGUCAGUCCCUGGUUUUCUUCGAAGCCGACGGAAGGAAGGAGGGGGAGGAAGAAGAAGAAGAGAAAGGGAAGAAAAAGGAGAAGAGUGAGAAAACGAGGAAAAAGGAGAAGGUUUGGUGGAAGCUGAUGAGUGGAUCGAGGAGGUGGUGGAAUAACAAGAAGGAGAGCCGCGGCGUAUCCAAUUUGAUGCACUCGCAGACCUUCAAAGAGAAGCCCUCGGCCAAGUGGGUCUUGUUUGUUUAAUUAACUAACCAGAGAGAACUACUAGUUGUUCUUUGCUUCUUUGAUAUAUUGAUUUCUUCAGUGCGUGCUUUGUUUCGUCGUAGUACUUUUUAUUUAUGUACCUUUUGUAAACUCGAUCGCAAUCGCUGUGUGUUUCAUCCUAAAAGGGUGUAUCUGUUUCUGUUUCUGUUUCUUUUCUUUCAAUUGUACAGAGGACGGAAGAAAUGAAACAUUGUUGCACAAGCA